GGCUUGUCUUGUGUUUAUUUUAGUUAUUUGGAUGAAUUGUCUGUCUUAGUAUUUGCUGUAAACUAUGUUCCUUCAAAAGGCAUAAUUUUGAAGCAUUACUUCAUUUUGUGAUUGUUGAAGCUUGAAUUCCUCACAUUUCUGCUUCAAUUUUCCACUUCCUGUGACAUUUUGGCGGAGAGAUCACUUUGUAAAGUAAUUUCUAGAAGUAUUUUCAGUGUUAUAAUAGUACAAGGGACUAAAUGGCCUUGGUGACAACUGCGGAAGUAUGUGAUGCAAAUCCUCAGUUAAUUUUAAGCGGGGAACUUCGGGCCCUUCAGCCAGGAUUUCAGAUUUAUGGUCGUCGACAAGUGUUUUCUGGACCCAUAGUUACCCUGAAGGUAUUUGAAGACAACGUGUUGGUUCGUGAGUUUCUUGAAGAAAAAGGUAAUGGUAGAGUUCUUGUUGUGGAUGGGGGUGGUAGUUUGAGGUGUGCAAUAUUGGGUGGCAACCCUGUAGUACAAGCACAAAACAACGGUUGGGCAGGUAUAGUUGUGAAUGGAUGCAUAAGAGAUGUGGAUGAGAUUAAUGGUUGUGAUAUCGGGGUGCGAGCUCUUGCUUCGCAUCCCAUGAAAGCCAACAAGAAAGGCAUGGGGGAAAAGCAUGUUCCUAUUAAUAUUGCUGGGACCAGGAUCUGUGAUGGCGAAUGGCUUUAUGCAGAUACCGACGGGAUUCUCAUCUCCCGGACUGAGUUAUCAGUCUGAUUCCAAUCAAUAAUUAUGCUUCAAGCACGGCUGGGGGCUGCUGCUUAUUCUGCUGUACUUUCUUUGCUUGUGUUUACCCGGUUCCCUUGAAAAAGUAAGCUCUUCCACUGGCUACAGUAGAUUUUGAUGUAUUUCCCCGUGCUCUGCCAUUGAGAUCUAUCUAUGGUUUUGAUUGGUGUUAUCAGAACCUGCCUAUAAAUUUAUACUCGCUUUGUUUGGUUCCAUGGAUUCUGAGAUCCAUCCUGUGCCAACUAGAAUCGAUUUGUUAAAAUGACCCAAAAAUAAGUAGGGAAACUAUUUUGUAGGUACUUGUACUUUCCUUUGAUUUUUUAUUACCUAUGUCGUCCCCCCCCCCCCCAAUUAGAUCCUUUAGUUUUACUUUGUUAACACUGUUAGUUUUGUAACUUUGCUUUACUAGCACCGUUAGCCUCUGUAUAAAGACUAAUGGUACUAAAAGAGCAAAGUUAAAGGAUUUAAUAAAGAGAGAAUAUAACAUGGGUACCAAAUUAAAAAUCAAGGAAAAGUAUAAGUAUUUGCAAAAUAGUUUGUCAAAAUAAAAUACUGUUGGUAAUAUACAAUUGCUAAAAUAAACAGCAUGAAGUCUUGGUUGGCCGCCCUUGAGAGCAUCUUUCAAAUGUUGGCUAGCUAGCAGAUGAGGCUUCCCGCCUUGAAAUAUGAUAUCAAUUAAAUCCCAACAAGUUUAACUGUUAUGGUAGCCAGCCUUGAAAUAGUUGCUGCGAGGUUGUUGUCAUAUUGUUAUUUUCUUCCUGACUGAAAUAGUGAAUGAAUGCCAUUUUCAAUG